AGUUAAUCAAUAACAAUUGAUAUUUUGCCUAAAUAACUUCAUUUUAUAAAAGCAUAUCCGACCUUUUCAGAUAUUUUAGCUUUAUUAUGUUGACUCAAUUUCGGACAACCUUUGCAUUCGGACUAAGACAGACAUUCAUUGUUUUUAGCUUAUGAGCACUGCAAAAUAAGGUGUUCAUGUCUAAUCUCCGAGUUGUGCAUGAGCCAGAGCUCCAGAGUAGAAUUUUCAAUGAGCUGUCAUUACUGUUUUUUUGGCACUUUCACAUUUAUAAUUAUUAUUUUUUUCCAAUUAAUUUCAAAGCCAGUCAUAGAAACUUGCAUAAAACAUAAAAAAUAACUUAUGUGGUUUAAUUCUAAACCUGCACGUAUUCAACUUGUGAACUUAAGCCACAAUAAUGUGCGUAUAAGGAAAGUUUGUUUAACAUUUGUAUAUUCAUUUUGUUCCCUAAAUGCCACAAGUCGACUAAUUCAUACCAAUGUAAAAUAUAUUCUUCAACUGUAACUCCACAAUAUUAAACACUGCUUUGUUAAAUAAAAACACAAAAGUUAUACAUACAUUAUUUUUAGCCAAUACCUUUUUUUAUUACACUGAAGUGUUUUAUGAAACACAAAAUCAGAUCGAUCUGUCAACAAGUCAUUGCCAUUUUUAAACUAUCUAGCACUGGUGCUUGUAUCUUUCCGCUCAAUAUACUGAGCACUGGGAUCUGUCAUUCUUGGCUAGUAAAACAACAAGAGGGAUAUGGACAGGUAGGGUCGCAAAACAAAAAUCAUCAAAGACUGAAACGGCUGUUUAUAUAGACUAGUAUGAAACCAAAGAUGGCGGGUAAGUGGUGUAGAUGGUGUAUGUAUAUAUAUAUAUAUAUGGCAAGAUGCAAUUUUCAUUAUGUUUGGCUAAAAUUAACUAAUAAUAAAGAUUUUAAACAUGAGUACAGUAGGUCUAAUGUUACUCAAGUUAAAACCGAGUUUACGCUGUUCCAUUUCAACAAUGUGCGCAGCAGUUUGGUGUAGCAGCAAUCCUUUAUCUCUCUUUCUACAAUAUUACGUCACUGUUUGCGAAUGAACUUAGCAAUACACAUUGGAAGAAUUAUAACAGGACUGAGGAGUUAAAAAUGAUCUGGUGUCAUAUUUUUUCCAAAUAUUCUCCAUCUACUCCACAUUCCGGCUGCCUUUGUUUAAAACGGUGUUAAAUCAAUGCGAUUAGCUUGCAGUCAUAUUUAAAAUUGUUCUCUUUUUUUGGAGCAUGUUUUUAAUUUCUUGUAUGAUUAGAAUUGUAUGUUACUCAUUAUGCACUUAAAUUAUUUAUAUCUAAUACCAGAUGCUUGAUUUUGAUUAUAAUUCAUACUGCACUUAGUUUUUGAAGCUCUUAUCUUGAUCUUUGUGUGGCACCUAAUUGCCCAUUGUCAAAAGGAUUGCAACUAAAAAUGUUAUAAAUAUUAAACAUCAUCAUUAAUACUAAUUAUAAUAGUAAAAUUAAAUUUGUAAAUUAAUAAAGCUGUAGAUUUUUAUAGAUGUGAUUCCUUUCAAAGAUUAUUGAAAUGUUCAGUUUGUCUUUCUACUUUUCUGUUUAUUAUCUUCAGAAAAACGGUCUUUUGGGUCUUUAAAUGAGUACACUAUCUACUUCAAAGAUCAAGUUACCACAACUACUUUGCAUUUAUUCAUAACAGAUACAUAUUAAACUGAAUAUUAUUUUAUACACCCUGUUAAAUGUGCUUUUCUUAGUUGACUUUAAAAGCAUUAUUUUGCUUUAUGAAUUGCAGUUUAGUUCAAUGUUUCCAGUGCAAUGUUAGACGCUGAGGAAUGUAUAGAUUGUCAAUUGCUGAGACUUCACAUAACAAUGUUGUGAUAUUGUUGACAUAAUGAGAAAGGGGAGGACCAGUAGUAUCGAGGAAUUCUACAUAUCCAUUGCCAAUGGAAAUGAAGAAGGCCUCAAGUCAUACUUGCAGAAUGGUGGGAAUCCAAACCUUAAAGACAGCUUGAAAUGCCCUCUCCUUCACAAGGCCAUAGCAGAAAAGAACUUGGAAAAGGUCAACUUACUGAUAAGCCAUGGGUGUGACCUAACAGUUAUAGAUGAGGCGCAGGCAUCUGCAGUACAUGCUGCUGUGCACGCCGGAAGUUACACUCUCCUGGAAACUCUUCUGAGGUCGGGUGCUCCAGUGAACUACGUGGAUGGUCAUCACACAACACCGCUUAUGUUAGCAGUCAUCAACCAGGAUGUUAAAGCUGUGAAUGUUUUGUUGAAGGAAGAAUUUGACUGUGAUGCUAAUAUGGAGAACUACUUCUUUCAGACAGCACUGACUCAGGCAGUUUUAUUACAGAAUGUGGAAAUCUGUGAGAUUCUGCUAAAACAUGGAGCUUCUGUGAAGUGUUUGUAUAACAAAAGUUUUAGACUUAGUGUUGCCAAAAUGAUGAGCUCCAACCUUGAGCUCUUGGAUCUAUUCCUAGCCAGGGCCCCAUCAUUGGAUCUUCACUUUCACUUAAUGGUUGCUUGUAUUUACAAGAACUAUGAUGUAGCUGAGAUUAUCUUGUCCAAGUUUGUUGAUCCUUUCCAACUUAAGGCUCUCGGCUUUAUAACGAAGCAAGAGGAACAGGAAACAUGGGACAGACUCGCUAAAGUCGUAGUGAAACCGUAUAGACUCGCAACAUGCUGCAACGUAGACAAUAAGCUUUUAAUGAUGCUGCUCAGUUUUUGUGGUACUGAACACAACCGAACUCAAAGGACUAACCAUUCCCGAAGGGCGACACUUUUGAUCCGAAGACUCGUGCAUUAUGGGCUUGUCAUACAUCCAAUGACCAGUCUAGUCACUUGUAAUCAUGACUGCAGUUGUCGACUCAGUAUAUUUAAAGCUCUACAUGACUCUGACAUGGUGACGUCAUUAAAGGGACAGUGUUGCUCAGUGAUAAGACAGAAUUUGAUAGGAACAAGAAGUAACUGUGAUAUUUCAUCUGUUGAAAAAUUGCCUUUACCAAAGCAGUUACAAAAUUUCAUUUCUAUGAAUGACUGGUAAAAAAGCAAUGCAAUUUAUGAAAUUACUGUCUUUUACUGGGUGUUUUUAUUUAACAAGUAUGCUUUACUAUAUUUCAGGUUUAAUAAGCUAAAAUAAAUAUGUAUUCAAUUACACAUUCAUAAGCUAUUAGUCAUUUUUAAGGUUGGCACCAUUGCUAUUCAAUACAUGCACUUAAAAUUAUUUAUAUUCUAAAUGAUGUGACCAUCAUGUAAUAACAUUAUUAUAUAUAUAUGUAUUUUUGAUUGAUUAUACCUCACUUAUAUUCUCUAUGUUAAAUUCCCUAUACCAGAGCGGUCAUUUCAAUAUUUUUUGAAACUGGCUGGUAAUGUUGACUGGCAAAAUAAUAUUACAAGCGCAGGAAAUACACGAGUUUGCUUUAGAUUUUUUUAAAUGGCCACCUAAAUAGUUAGAGCAGAUGCCCGCACAAUAAAUAUAAUUGCACAAUAUAACCAUUCAAAUCAUCGACUUGAGAAAUUAAAAAUAUAAAAAUAAUAAUAAUUAUUUGUCAGGGGAGAUCACUGCGUAAGGGAUUGGGUUACAGGUGACCUGAAAUUAUAUUUUAUUUCUGCUAGUUUUGGAAAUUAAAAAUGAUUAUUGUUAUAUAAAAUUUGUUAAUUUUAUUCGAUACAAUAAAAUAAUUAUCACAUUCCUGUGAGGGCACUAUUGAAAUCAUUACAAUUCUCAAGUUGACACUUUUUAAUUUUUAUAUUUAUGGAAUAUAAUGAGUGCAAUAAGUAUGCAAAUAAGUGUGACGUUACGUCAUUAAAAAUGGCCGUGCUGUGUGGCGACAUUCUAUGAUGUUAUGUGUAUUUAGCACUGUAAAUUGGCAAAUAAUGAUAAGUAUUUAUGAUAAAGAUAGAAUAUCAUAUUUAUGGUCAUCCAAUACAAAAUUUAGUUAACUCAUUUCCUAAAAUUGCAACAAAAAACCCCAUCUCACCAAGGCUUGUUUUUUUUUAUCAAUUGAGGAAACAAUAAAUUCCUUAUUAAAUGACCACACAUGUGAGAUUGUUUAUAUAUCCUAUAAUUAGUUUAUUAGAUCAAAUCUAGUACCUUUUUGACAUAUAUGAACAUUUUCAUUUAUUUGUGAAUAUUGCCCCAAAAAAUAAAUCCAAAAAGCAAUCAAACAAUUGCAAUGACCGCAGAUAUUGAUAAUUGAUAUGAUGGUAGAUUGUACGGUUUUCACCCAAUAUAGUAGUUUCUCUCUCACAUAAAUUGUAGAGCAACAUGGAAAGGUGUGUCCCACAUAGCAUUCAUGCUCUCCCUGCACCGGUCAAGAUUAGUGGUCAGCGUAUAGCACAAUCGGGAUUUCAUAGGAAUAAAUGUGUCUCAGCUGUAACAUGUCACAACCUACAAAUGGGUUUCAAUCAAACUUCAUGGACUGUUUGUCAAGAUAAUAUAUUAUUGUAAAAAUGAAAAGGUCGUUCUACCUAAUGGCCAAAUGCCACUUUUGGCUCUUAUCUACAGCAAACUAUUAAAAUUACCUACAUCUUUGUAUAAUGGCUAUCACUCUGACAAGAUCAAUUCAGGGGCAUUUGUGACAUUUUUGUGAUAGUUUUGUUUUGGAAGAAAUAAGGUAGAUGUUUUCACAUUUUUCAUGUGUCACGGUGUUGUCAGCUCAGCAGUGACCGUUUUGGGCAAAAACUUGAAACUUGGCCUUGCUUAAGUAUGUUUGAAGUAUUCACAUGAAACUUAGUACACAUACACACGUGUGUAACAAGGCCCUAACCUCUAGCUUAAAUAAUAAUCAGGUUGUGUUCCUUUAUUGACCGAAAAAAGCAUACGUGCACUGAUAUUCAACUUCAGAAAAUACACCUAGGGCCUGUUCUACAAAAAUAUAAGAAGAAUAAAUAAUUUCCGAUUAUGUGA